UGCAGACCAAAGUCGUCAGGACCUGGGACGGAAGUGGAGCCCAUUUCCUUCCCAAGCCCCGCCCCCAGAGCUGCGGGACUACGCUUCCCAGAAAGCCUUGCGCGGGGGCGGAGGCGGCAGGGAUGCGAUGGCGGAGUCGCUGCCCCUGGAGAUGCUCACAUAUAUUCUGAGCUUCCUGCCUCUGUCCGAUCAGAAAGAGGCCUCCCUUGUGAGCCGGGCUUGGUACAGUGCAGCCCAGAAUGCCCUUCGAGAGAGCCUGGGCCUCAGGGGCAUCUCCUGCAUCAGCCUGACCAACCUAGAUGGCUCACCCACUUCACACCAGGUGCUGCAGUCUGUUGCCUACCAUCUGGGCCCACAUCUGCAGAGCUUGUGCCUGGGUGGGGGCAGCCCCACAGAGGCCUCUUUUGUGACCCUGAUCCUGGGCUGCCGGGCUCUGCGUGUCCUUGACCUCAGUGGCUGCAACAGCCUCUUCACAUCGGGCACACUGCUGUCUCAGCCCGAGACAGCCCAGGGCGUCCGACAGGCAUUGAGUGGCCUCCGUGAGCUCAACCUGGCUGGCCUGCGGGACCUAGCUGACCUCAGCUUCAACCAGCUCAGCAGCUGUGCCCCCAGCCUGGAGCGCCUCUCCUUGGCCUACUGCCACCUAACCUUCGAGCUGGGCCCGGCCCUUAUCUCCAUCGGCCUCCGGGACUCCUCCCCAUCCCAAUUCUCCUUCCGCAACCUACUGCGAUUCGUGAAGGAGAGGGCUGGCAGGCUGCACGCCCUGGACUUGAGUGGCACGGGCUUGCCACCCGAGGCCCUGCAGGCCCUGGGCCAGGUGGCCGGGCUGCAGCUGCAGGAGCUGAACCUGCACAGCUGCCAGGACCUCUCCACAGAGGCCGUGGCCACCCUGUGCCGCCAGCAACCAGGCCUUACCUCCCUGGACCUCAGCGGCUGUUCGGAACUGACUGAUGGGGCACUCUUGGCCGUGAGCCGGGGCCUGCAGAACCUGCGGCGCCUGAGCCUGGGGAAGCUGCAGCGACUGACAGAUGCAGGGUGUACAGCCCUGGGGGGCCUGCGGAAGUUGCAGAGCCUCAACAUGGCUGAGUGCUGCCUGGUGAGCGGGCGGGAACUGGCCCAGGCCCUGGGCUCGGUGCGUGGAGCUCCACUCCGCCUGGAGUCCCUCAGCCUGGCCUUUUGCUCUUCACUGAAGGAUGCCUCAGUGUUCUCCGUGAUCCCGGCGCUGGGCCCGAGCCUCAGGGUGCUAGACCUGUCCUCCUGUGUGACCCUCACCAAUGGGACCGUGCAGGCCAUCUGCACCUACCUCACCCACCUCUCAGUCCUGCGCCUGGCUUGGUGCAAGGAGCUCUGUGACUGGGGGCUUCUGGGGCUGGGGGAACCAAGUGAGGAACAUGCACAGAGGCCCCAGCCAUGCCCUGAGCUGGAGCAUCAAGUCUCAGGCCCCAAGGACCCCUCUCCUGAGCCUCAGGGCCCUUCCCUGCUCACGCUGCGGGCCCUGCAGGAGUUGGACCUCACAGCCUGCAGCAAGCUGACUGAUGCCAGUUUGGCCAAGGUGCUCCAGUUCCCCCAGCUGAGGCAGUUGUCACUGAGCCUGUUGCCAGCACUCACAGACAUGGGUUUGGUGGCUGUGGCCAGGAGCUGUCCCAGCCUGGAGCGUUUGGCACUGAGUCAUUGCAGCUGCCUUAGUGACAAGGGCUGGGCCCAGGCAGCCAGCUCCUGGCCAAGGCUGCAGCACCUCAACCUGUCCAGCUGCAGUCAGCUCACAGAACAAACGCUGGACACCAUUGCGCAGGCGUGCAAGCAGCUCCGUGUGUUGGAUGUGGCCAUGUGUUCUGGUAUCAACAUGGCUGCCGUUAGGCGCCUCCAAGCCCAGCUGCCCCAGGUGACCUGCGUCCAGUCCCGCUUCGUGGGAGGAGCGGACCUGACCCUAACGCUCUGAGGUCAGUAACCAGCCCGUGGUUUAGCCUCCUCUCCCUCUGGGGCCCCAGCCCUGGCUUCUCUGUCUCUUGCCUUCCUCUGCUACAGACCGCUUGUCUAGGACUGGGGGUGGGACCAAUCUAGGGCAGCCCAGGGGACUAUCCGCCCAUCUGCCCCACAGCCCAGCUGCAGCCUCUUUCCAGCUACAUGUCGCUGCCACAGGCAUCUGCUCUCCUGGCCAGGGCCUGGUGCUGAGAAGCAGACUUUGUGCCUCUUGCCUACCCACCUCUCAGACCUCAGGCCUGUGCUCGCCUGUUCCCUGUGGGAGCCAUCCCAGCCUCCCCUGAGCACUGGGCUUUAGCAGCCAAGCCCGGGUGUUUGCUGUAAACCCAAACAAGAUUAAAGAUUCCAGAUAGUA